AUGGGGCGCAACGCGCGAAAGCGUAUCUCAUACGUCCUCCCACUCGCGAAUUCUGCCGGCGGACAUCGACUGGGCGUCAAUGGGUUGGCCGUAGACCCUAUCAACUCCAUACUCUAUUCGGGAGGUCGAGAUGGCGUGGUGUGUACAUGGGACUUGCAUCUAGACCUAAGCUCCAAAACCGACGAACGAGACCCAUUCGCCGACAGCAGCGCACCCGACUACAAGCCACCUCCGACGCAAUUUCGCCAGCAAGUUCAAGCCCAUACUCAUUGGAUCAAUGACAUCGUCCUUGCGCAGAGCAAUCAAGCUCUUGUCUCGGCAUCCUCAGAUAUCACCGUAAAAAUAUGGCGACCCGCAGCCGAAGACGUCCUGCCCCCCCAGACUAUAGGCCUGCACACAGACUAUGUCAAGCGCGUAGCAUCUCCUGGUCUACACGAGAACUGGGUGGCUUCUGGAGGAUUGGAUCAUAAGAUUUGCCUAUGGGAUCUUAAUGGAGCUGGGCAGAAGCUCCAAAUAGCUGUAGGAGAGGACGAGACCACCGCCAAGGGAUCCGUUUACGCUCUUGCAGCUACACCUUCCAUCAUUGCAAGUGGUGGACCGGAGAGCAUCGUGCGUGUGUGGGACUCGCGAACAGGCAAGCGCAUCACCAAAUUCGUCGGACAUACAGACAACGUGCGGGACGUACUGAUCACCCAGGAUGGAGAUACCAUCAUGACCGCUUCUUCCGACCAGACCGUCAAGGUGUGGUCCAUGACAGCGGGAAGAUGCAUGCACACCCUGACGAUGCACAACGACAGUGUCUGGUCUCUACAUUCGGACCACCCCCAACUAUCCGUUUUCUACUCCUCGGACCGCUCCGGUAUCGUCGCAAAAAGCGACGUGCGCAAUUGUGUUGAGAUGGACGAGGGAGUGUCCGUUGCAGUAUGUCAAGAGCACGAGGGCGUGAACAAUGUAAUCCAGGCUGGCGAUUAUGUAUGGACGGCAACUUCGAGUUCCAGUAUCAAUCGAUGGAGCGACGUCGAAACUGCCGCAGAAGUCGAUCUACCAGAGUCCUACAGAUGGCACAGGUCCAGUGUGUCCGCCAACAGGUCUCGCUAUCCUUCCCCUCCAGCAGCAAGCCCUCCUACCACUGGAACAACGCCGAAAAUUCCAUUCAAAGCGUUAUUGCGAAUGUCAAACACGGCACCAUUCCCCCAACUUUUCGCCAAGGAUCCAGAGGCCUCGACUGUGUACUCUGUCGCAAGCGCACGGAAGCCGUCUGAGGUGCUCACAGAAGCAGAUGCAGGCGUCGUAGUUCCCUGCCGGGACCUUCCUGAUUUCUCGAUCGAGGGCCAGAAUGGAUUGAUCAAACACGUUCUUCUCAAUGACCGGAGAAGAGUUUUAACUCUAGAUACCGCUGGUGAGGUCAUGCUCUGGGACCUUGUCCAGUGCGUUCCCGUUAAAUCAUUUGGCAAGCGACACCUUGAAGAUGUUGUCCCCGAAGUAAACACUCGCGAGACUGUUUCACAUUGGUGCGGCGUGGACACAAGAACGGGAAGUUUGACAUGCGUACUGGAGGAGAACUACUGCUUCGAUGCCGAAAUGUACGCCGACGAGCUCGAGCUCGAGGAGCAAAUUGAGUUCCGGGAAGAUCAACGAAUAAAUCUCGGAAAAUGGAUCUUGCGGUACUUGUUUUCGAAUCUCAUAGACGAAGAGAUCAAGAGAGACGAAGACUUCCGCAACAAGAUAAUAGAAGAGAAAGCAAAUAAUACACGUGCAGAACCCCCAUCUAGUAUUCAAAUCCCGGAGACCCGAAUCAAUGGCUGGGGUGACGUUACUUCUGGCCCAACUUCUGGCUCCACAAUUCGUGCGAACAACGGCUUCCAAAUGCCUACUACUCCGGGAAUGGCUAUCGGACUCGCAACCCCCGGACUACCUACAAGUGCUGGCCAUGGCACUCAACCUCUGAAUGCCCUUCUUACACCAACGAGUGAGGAAGGCUCGAACCUAGAGAAGUCCAAGACACAACAGAGUCAAAAUGCCAGAACUAGUGGAGAUUACUUUUCCGCAGCACCCAACGUCAAUGGCAAUGGUAAGACAGCCGCUUCCACGGAAACGUCAUCAGAAUCCGCGGCAGAGGCAGCAGCGCCAUCUCCUUCAGAGGAAACGCCCACGACCAAGAAGAGCAAAGGGUUGUUUUCGAAGAAAUUCAACAUGUCUCUCAACAUGAAGAAGUUUGGUGCCACCACUGCCGCCCCUGAGGUUGCUAAACCGGCUGCUGUCGACGAGAAAGCCGAAGACAGUGAUUCGAGAUCCAGCAAGACAGACGAGAAAGCCUUCGAGGACAACUUUUGGGGUGCUCUUCAAAAGAUUCGCCAAGGUUACGAGGAACAGCUCAGCCUGGGAGCUACAACGGUCGGCACUGCUAUCGCGCCUAGUCUGCCAAACGAAACCCCAGUUAUCAAACCGCCGGCGUCGACAACCAUUCUCAUCCAGGAGGAUCGACCCGAUUCUGGUGGUGUUGCAGAUCUCUUCGAGGGCAAAGUUGGUUCCUUGGGUCAGCAAGCUGACCUAAUUGAGAAAGCCGCUCCAGUCUGGCUGGCAGACGUUUUGCUCCGAAAUCAAAUACCUCUCAAGGACAUCGUCAAAGUCAGUUUUGUUCUCGAGCCAUGGCAGAACGAGCUCCCGAGUAUAGCAUCCGACGGGUACAUCCCCCUAAUAAUCCCCAACGACAAAGUCGUGCGCGCUAACGCUACGGCUCACAGCAAUAAUCGCCUCAAUGCGAAUCGCAUGUUGCGUGCUCGCAAGAUUCUUUCCUACGUUGCAGAACGUAUCGAACCCCCGCCUGCCCAAGAUGAAGAAGUGCUUAAACCUGAGGAGUACUUGGAGCUCUACUGUAACAAUCAAGUGAGUAUCCUGGUAUGA